AUGCGAAAGUUGGAAUGGGACGACAUGGGCGUGAAGGUUGAUGGUCGGCAGCUACACCAUUUGCGCUUCGCUGAUGACAUCGUACUGAUAACAUCUAGCAUCAGCCAAACGGAACGAAUGCUGACCGAAUUCGACGAAACAUGUGGUUGCAUCGGUCUUCAGCUGAAUCUACAAAAGACGAUGUUCAUGCGGAACGAAUGGGUCUCGGAUGCCCCAUUCAUGCUCUACGGAACGAACAUAUCCGAAUGCACCAGCUACGUUUAUCUGGGUCGGGAACUGAACAUGAUGAACGACCUGACCCCAGAGCUGCGCAGGAGGAGACGAGCGGCUUGGGGAGCGUACAAGAGCAUCGAGGAUGUAGUGAAGAAGACCAGGAACAGGCUCCGUGCUCACCUCUUCAACACCACCGUACUUCCUGCUUUGACCCAUGCUUCGGAAACCUGA